UCAGUGCCAAUACAGGACGAAGACCAUUGUUUAUUCCUUUCACGCGCUUGUGCGCGCGUCGUGUGUACUGUAACAUACGAGGUGCAAACUUCUGACCCGGAAGUACGAUAUUUACAAGAGGUAUCCUCACUGAACGUGGCAUAAAACCGAAAGAGUUAUUUACGACGGGUUGUCGUGAGCCUGUCAACUCGUGCAACACGAGCGCACACACACACACACACACACACACACACACACACACACGGAGUCCCUGCGGAGGCUGAGCGUUGGUCUGCGCGGCGCUGCGUCUGGAUUGGCGAGCGCGUUUGUUAUUACUGGUGACGUGUUCUCCGCCGCUCUCGCCCCUCCUCCUCCCCCCCACCUUCCCCGGGUCCGUUCCCGAGCCACGCUCUCGUUUUCUACGAAGUCGCAGUGUUCCAGUCGGUUGUCAUGGCGGAGGGACGUGGCGAUCUACCGCCGCUUCAGCCGCCGCUCCAGCUCGCUUCGCCGCCGGCCAGCAAGCGGCCGUGUCUGCGUCCCGCUCCGCGAGGUCCAGGUCCGGGGCCCGGGCCAGGGCUUUCCAGCGGGCGCCCUCGCUGCCCGGAGUCGUUGCUGGACUGCGCCGCCAAGGCCGUAGCGGAAAAGUGGGCCUUCGAGCGGGUGGAGGAGCGCUUCGAGAGGAUCCCCGAACCCGUUCAGCGCCGCAUCGUCUUCUGGUCCUUCCCGAGGAACGAGCGGGAGAUAUGCAUGUACUCGUCGUUUCAGUGUCGCGCCGCGGCGGAGGAGUCUCCGUCCACUCCGGGGAGCUCCGCCGCGACCGCCGGAUCCGCUGGAAGUCCCGGAGCCGCGUCCAGCCCGGCGGGCAGCUCGAGCUCCACGGGCGCUGGCGCGAGCGCAGGAGCUGACGGACUCCCUUUCCGGCGCGGGAUCCGCCUUUUGGAAAUGGGCUGCGUGGAAAACGUCCUGCAAGUCGGUUUUCACCUUAGCGGAACAGUAACAGAACCGGCCACACACUCAGAGCCCGAGGUGACGCACCGUGUGGCCAUCAGCUUCGACCGCUGCAAGAUCACGUCAGUGACAUGCGGCUGCGGCAACCGCGACAUCUUCUACUGCGCCCACGUGGUGGCCCUAUCGCUGUACCGCAUCCGGCGGGCUGAGCAGGUGAAGCUGCGGCUGCCCAUCUCCGAGACGCUCUUCCAGAUGAACCGGGACCAGCUGCAGAAACUUGUGCAGUAUCUGAUCACGGCGCACCACACUGAAGUGCUGCCCACGGCGCAGAAACUCGCCGACGAGAUCCUGUCCUCCAACUCGGAGAUUAACCAAGUGCACGGGGCCCCGGACCCCACAGCAGGAGCCAGUAUUGAUGAUGAUAACUGCUGGCACCUGGAUGAGGAGCAGGUACGCGAGCAGGUCAAACAGUUCCUCUCGCAGGGAGGCUACUACGGCUCGGGAAAGCAGCUUAACUCCAUGUUCGCCAAGGUGCGGGAGAUGCUGCGCAUGCGGGACUCGAACGGAGCGCGCAUGCUCACCCUCAUCACGGAGCAGUUUAUGGCUGACCCACGCCUGUCGCUAUGGCGACAGCAGGGCACGGGAAUGACGGACAAGUGUCGGCAGCUGUGGGACGAACUGGGUGCAUUGUGGGUGUGCAUUGUGCUGAACCCUCACUGUAAGAGCGAGGAGAAGAGCGCAUGGCUCAAACAGCUGAAGAAGUGGAGUGACAUGGAUAUCUGCCCGCUGGAGGACGGCAACUACGGCAGCGAGCUUCCCAACAUCACCAACGCCCUGCCCCAGAGCAACCUGGCACACGACUCAUUGGCCAGGCCGAGACGGACAGUGUUCACUCGUGCCAUGGAAGCAUGCGACCUGCACUGGCAGGACAGCCACCUGCAGCGAAUCAUCAGCAGCGAUUUCUAUGUGUCGCCCGCUUACCAGAGAGAGGGAGAGAACCUGCUCUUUAACCCUCAAGGUCUGCCACUGUGGCUGGAUCAUGUGCCUACUGCAUGUGCCAGGGUGGAUGCCCUGCGUUCCCAUGGUUACCCAAGAGAAGCCCUACGAUUGGCCGUGGCUAUCAUCAACACUCUCCGGCUUCAGCAGCAGAGGCAGCUGGACAUUUACAAACACCAGAAGAAAGAGCUGCUGCAGAGAGGAAUGACCAGCACUACUAAUCUGGAGGGCUGGGUGGGCCACCCGCUCGACCCCAUCGGCUGCCUUUUCGCCACUCUAACAGAGACGUGUCGGGUGGAGGAUGACAAUGCCAUGGAUACAGGAGAUUCCGGUGAUCCCAAGCCCCCUGUUUAUCAGCAUGUGCCCGUGUGGGGCUGCCCGGAUGCCAGUGAGUCGUACCUGGCCUUGGCGCUGGAGGUAGCACUGAUGGGUAUGGGGCAGCAGAGAUUGAUGCCCGAGGGCUUGUAUGCCCAGGACAAGGUGUGUCGCAACGAGGAGCAGAUUGUCGCCAAACUGCAGGAGCUGGAGCUGGAUGAGCUGCUGGUGCACACACUCCGCAAGCAGGCCAUGCUUCUGCUGGAAGGCGGUCCCUUUAGCGGCCUAGGCGAGGUGAUCCACAGAGAGAGCGUACCCAUGCACACGUUUGCUAAGUACCUGUUCACUGCACUCCUUCCCCAUGACACAGACCUGGCCUACAAGAUCGGCCUGAGGGCCAUGAGGUUGCCUGUGCUAGAGUCCACAGCUCCAUCAGGUGAUGUGGGUCACCCGCACCACGGAAUCUCUAUUGUGCCGAGCAGAUAUCCGCGCUGGUUCACCCUCGGGCACCUCGAGUCCCAGCAGUGUGAGCUGGCAUCAACCAUGCUCACUGCAGCCAAGGGAGACAUGCUGAGAUUGCGCACGGUCCUCGAGGCCAUCCAGAAAAACAUCCACUCCUCCUCACUCAUCUUUAAACUAGCCCAAGAUGCAUUCAAGAUUGCCACCCCCGCAGACAGCCCACCUGACAUCACCCUGCUCAACGUGGCCCUGGAGCUCGGCCUUCAGGUGAUGAGGAUGACUCUGUCCACUCUGAACUGGAGACGCAGAGAGAUGGUGCGCUGGCUCGUCACCUGCGCUACUGAAGUUGGGCUGCGGGCGCUGGUCAGCAUUCUGCAGAGUUGGUACACACUGUUCACACCCACUGAGGCUACGAGUAUUGUUGCUGCAGCAGUCAUGUCUCACGGCACAGCACUGCGUCUCAGCCUGGACUACGGGCAGCGCGAGGAACUGGCGAGCUGCGCCCGAACACUCGCACUGCAGUGCGCCAUGAAGGACCCGGCCAAUUGCGCACUGUCUGCACUCACACUAUGCGAGAAGGAGCAUGUGGCCUUCGAGACGGCCUACCAGAUCGCAGUGGACGCGGCAGCAACGGCUAUGACGCAUGCGCAAUUGUUCACCAUCGCGCGAUACAUGGAACACCGCGGCUACCCACUGCGUGCCUUCAAGUUGGCAUCGUUGGCCAUGGCACAUGUGAGCUUGGCGUACAACCAGGACACGCAUCCGGCUAUCAACGAUGUCCUGUGGGCAUGCGCUCUCAGCCACUCGCUGGGCAAGAACGAGCUGGGCGCCAUGGUGCCGUUGGUGGUAAAGGGUGUGCGCUGUGCCACCGUGCUCUCGGACAUCCUGCGCCGCUGCACGGUGACUGCGCCCGGCCUGGCUGGUAUCCCCGGCCGCCGCAGCUCAGGCAAGCUGAUGAGCACGGACAAGGCGCCACUGCGCCAACUGCUGGACGCCGCCAUCGGCGCCUACAUCAGCACCACACACUCGCGCCUCACGCACAUCAGCCCACGCCACUACGGCGAGUUCAUUGAAUUCCUGGGCAAAGCGCGUGACACCUUCCUGAUGGCACACGACGGCCACGUGCAGUUCGCCCAGUUUAUUGACAACCUCAAGCAGAUCUACAAGGGCAAGAAGAAGCUCAUGAUGCUCGUGCGUGAGCGAUUUGGCUGAGGAGAAUAUAAAGGACUCCCCACUCACUCCUCGUUUAUUUAAGGCAUUAUUUUCUUCCUGUAUAUUCCGAGUAUCCUUUAUUUUUAUUUUUUUUAGUUUGAUACAGUUUGCGUUUAGUGAACAACCAACGUUCACGGAUUUAUUAGAACCUGUGGAGGCCAGAACAACCUUUUGAUUUCGGCUUAUGCUUGCUUUAGUUUAAUACAGAUGCAGAAGUGGCACAUAAAGAGAAACCAAAUGAUAGGCGGAGUAUUUUGAGCCUUUUCCAUCGUGGUGAUUGGUGGUUCUUAUUUUUUUUUCGGCAAAGAGCUCAAAAGCUCAAAACAGUCAUUCCGAAAAAAAAAAACACUCGCACACAGUGUUACAGUCAUACCUCGAUUGUAUUUUAAGGAACAGCUUUAACAGGAUGAGGCUGAGGCCUUGUUCCCGGGGGUAGAGCGAAAAAGCUAGCUGAAAUAUCGAGGUGUUCCUCAUCUUAACGCAAUUCUACAUAACCCAGGAAUCAGCCAAGCCGUGAACGCCACCCUCCCCUCUGUCCGCUCCUCUUGGUUUGUCUUUGCCCUUUUUCUCGCGUUGGGAAGAAAGAGAAUUAAGGGAACGUUACUGAGAGCCACGCCUCCAUACCUGAGAAGAGCACGGGGUUUCCUUCUCCGCCUGAAUCUGAACAAAAACCUCAUCUUUCUAAAGAUGGCUUUACUUUUAGGGGGGGAGAGUUAUGCAGACAGAGAUUCCACAUUAAAGCUUAGCAUUAUCAUGCAUGCAAUGCUUCGCCAAAUUUGCUGCCUACUUAGGCAACCUCUUGAAAGUAGUAACGUUUGGCAGUAAUUAUUGGCACAUGACUCUAUCAGACAUGUUGUUCUUAGAGAAAGAAAAUAAUCAGAAACAAAAAUAGUAGUAACUGUAGUUGUGUUGUUAUACAAGCACUUGAUUCACUCCCUCCCCUUUCACCUUGUCUGCAUUAACAAUUAUAUUUUCCAAGCAUUAAUCAAAAUUUGGUUAUAUGUAGAGAUUGAAAAAAUGCAAGAGGACCAGAAAAACAAAAAAACAAAAAUAUCUUCCACAUGCCACCCCCAGCCAUCCCCCUACAAGUGCCCGCUCGGCUCCCAACACUUAGAAUGCACUCGGCGGCUACGAACGGAAGGAAACCUGGAGAGAAAGGACAAGAUGCUCAACUCAGUUCUCAGGGAAUCACUUAAAGAAACGAAACAAAAAAAAUAGUAGCAUAAGCAUUUAAGAUAUUGUAAAUAUGAAAGUGUCAAUUCAAAAAAUUGUAAAGUUAUAAUUAUUUAUGAUAACUGUAUGGUUUCUUUUUUUGUUGUUUUCUUUUCGGAUACUUGAAUUUGUCGCGGGCUGGGAAUGUGACGGCAGAAAGACUUUUUUAAAAAAAAAAAAAAAACAUUUCUCAGGUGCUCCUGUGAACAGUUCCUUUUUUCCUCCUUAUUUCUUGUUAUUUUUUGGUCUUUUGUACACUUUUUUUUUUUUUUGCAAGAGAAGCAUGGUGUGUAAAAAACUGAAGGGAAGAAGAAAGAAAAGGAAGAACAGCCGUUGAACUGACUAUGCAGAACCACUUCCUGAUUUUUUUUUUUUUUUUCUUUAACCCUCUUCGGGAACGGACAGUUUUGGGACUUUUGCCUUUCGAGUGACUUGCGUAUGUCUUUUUUUACUUUGAAGCCUUAUCUUCUCAAAGUGAUUUAGGAAGUCUGAUUGCAGAAGGAUGCCACGAGCUGCAUAAACUAGGCCUGUGCCGAUCUUAAAUCGUCAUAACCCAAUGUUUGCUUAAGCAUAUUGUAUUAAAACAGUACAGUGCUAAAGAAUUAUUCCUCAGACGGAGCGACAAUUUUGUCCACCAUGUUUUUCAAACUUUCAUGGAAGAGAAUUAUGCGAUGCUCCGUUAAAUAAAGAAAGCAUACGCUGCCUCACGCUGUAAAAGCGAAUGUAGCAAUGUUAUUUUGCAGAAAAUCCUGAUAUAUUUUAUAAUUGAUUAUCAGCACAUGCCUAGUCCAAACCCACUGGCUGUAUUAUUAUGGAGGGAAUUAGACAAAAGCUCUGUUUUGAUAUGAUGUUGUCUCGAGACUUUUGAAAGACGCCGCUCUGGCUAUAUAUGAGGAGACUUCAGUUUCAGUCAGUUUUGUUUUAAACACUCUUUUUCCAGUUCCGUUCCAUAACUACCUUCAAACGAUUAGCCACAUAAGUCACAUUUUUAUUUAUUUUUUUUUUAAAGUGAGAAACCUUCCACAGUCUUUCUCCUUCAAGCCGGACCAGAUCAAGCCGUGAUCAGUGGAAGAGCAAGCAGAUGUUUUGCAGGUUUAGGGAUUGAAUUUGCCUUUUUUCCCUCUUGACAAAUGCAGGACGAUCGUAGCUGCUUGCUUAUACAAACUCCACACAUCCAAGCAUCUUUAGUAGCUCGUCUAGCUGAUCCAGCGGCAUUGCAAAAAAACAGAAUUCCUGUGGCUUUGAGUUUAUUUUUUAUUUCCUCUCUCUCUCUCUCUCUCUCUCUUUCCCAUAACUCUUUAAGUGUCUAUAUGUGUUGACUGUACCAGUGUUCUGAUCUGUCCCUAGAGUUUAGAAGGAAAAAAAUAAUAAUAAUAAUCGCUGGUAGAGAUUGUUCACUAGUUCAUCUACUGUUUGAGUUCUGUUUUUUUUAUUUUUAUUUUCUCUUCUUUCAUUUUUAAUUUAAGGGAAAAGUGUUUGUCACCUCUCCGUGCUACUGAAUUAUGAAAAAGGUAUCCAGUAUUUGUUGCCACAAAAGUAUAGUUCGACGACGUUUUUUUUUUCGUUUGUGCAACCUCUUGAGCUAAUGUCUAUAAACAAAAAUUUAUUACUAUUUAUGUAAUGCUACUACCAUUUUAUAUGAUUUGUGUUGAAUUUCAGUGCUUUUUCUAUGAAUAAAGUGUGAAACACGU